AUCGGAGAGGCCCUAAUUCGAAACCUUUUAUUCAGUCAUUCAGAUUGGAAAUUCGAGUCAGGUUUGAUGAAUAUCCGAACGGAAGGUGGACCUUCGACCUCUGCAGCAACAGCAGAGAAGGCUUUGUCGUUCAUCUCGAAAGGUUUGAGGGAGGUGAGAGACUCAGCUGAUGCGGAUUUUAAGUUGAUGAGAAAUAGGGCCAACUCUUUCAAGAACAUCGCCACUUCUUUUGACAGAGAGCUCGAGAACUUCAUCAACUCAGCUUCAUCCUUCUCUGUUCCCGCCAUCCGAACUACUCCGGGGGCUGAAAUUGAUUUCGUUAAGAAAUUACAGCCGAAGUUAUCAGAAUUCCGCCGAGCUUACUCGUCUCCUGAUUUUAGCCGCAAGGUUUUGGAGAAAUGGAGACCUAAAUCUAAGAUUCGGAUCGACCUGUCACCGAUUAGGAGCGCAAUUGUUUCUGAAGUUGAGGAGGAUAAGGAUGGGAUUAUUGAUUUUGAUGAUAGGGAUAGGUUUUGGGGUGGAAGGAAAGUUAUAGUGAAGGAUUUUCGGUGGGAUUGGAAGGGAGAUAGUGAGGAAAGCCAGGAGGAAUGGGAGCCUAUUCGAGAGUUGAAGUCGAGGCUGAGGGAAUUCGAGCGUAAGAGUUCUUCGGCAGAGAUAUUCAGAAAUAUCACGAACAACGUGCAGAAAGUAAAAUCGAGCCUGAAAGCAAUUUGCAAGGAGCCUCAAGAGUCAAAGGAAGUCCCACCAUUAGAUGUACCUGAACUUUUGGCAUAUUUGGUUAAGCAGUCAGGUCCCUUUCUUGAUCAGUUUGGCUUUCAAAAAGACAUGUAUGACAAAAUAGUGGAAGCUUUGUGCAGUAAACGUAAGAAUCAACUUCUCUUGAGGUCCUUGUCUUCAGGAGAAAACACUGUUCUUGAAACUGAGAACAAUAAUGAUGAAUUGGAUUUACGGAUAGCCAGUGUGCUCCAAAGUACAGGGCAUUGUUAUGAGGGCGGCCUAUGGACUGAUCCUGUAAAGCAAGACUCAGCAGAUGGGAAAAGACAUGUAGCUAUAGUCACAACUGCUAGUCUUCCUUGGAUGACAGGAACAGCUGUAAAUCCAUUAUUCCGAGCAGCAUAUCUGUCCAAGUCUGCAAAACAAAAAAUAACACUGUUGGUUCCUUGGCUCUGCCAAACAGACCAGGAACUAGUUUAUCCCAACAGUCUUACCUUCAGUUCUCCAGAAGAGCAGGAGGACUACAUACGGAACUGGUUGGAGGAAAGGGUCGGCUUCAAGGCUGAUUUCAAGAUCUCCUUUUACCCGGGAAAGUUCUCAAAAGAAAGGCGGAGUAUAAUACCUGCUGGUGACACGACACAGUUUAUUUCUUCAAAGGAAGCUGACAUUGCUAUACUGGAAGAACCUGAACACCUAAACUGGUAUCAUCAUGGCAGAAGGUGGACUGAUAAAUUUAACCAUGUUGUUGGUGUUGUCCAUACAAAUUACUUGGAGUAUAUAAAGAGAGAGAAAAAUGGGGCUCUCCAAGCGUUCUUUGUGAAACACAUUAACAAUUGGGUCACCAGAGCAUACUGCCAUAAGGUUCUUCGUCUUUCUGCAGCAACUCAGGAUCUACCAAAGUCUAUCAUAUGCAAUGUCCAUGGUGUGAAUCCCAAGUUUUUAGAGGUUGGAGAAAAAGUGGCAGCAGAAAUGCAAUUUGGACAUGAAACUUUUCCUAAGGAAGCAUAUUUCUUAGGAAAGAUGGUCUGGGCUAAAGGAUACAAGGAAUUGAUACAUUUGUUAGCAAAGCACAAGAAUGACCUUGAGGAUUUUAAGUUGGAUGUCUUUGGAAAUGGAGAGGAUGCGCAUGAAGUCCAGUCUGCUGCCAAAAAGUUAGAGCUGAACCUCAAUUUUCAGAAGGGGAGGGACCAUGCUGAUGAUUCACUUCAUGGCUACAAAGUCUUCAUAAACCCUUGUGUCAGUGAUGUUCUAUGCACUGCAACAGCAGAAGCCCUUGCGAUGGGAAAAUUCGUGGUCUGUGCAGACCAUCCAUCCAAUGAUUUCUUCAGAUCAUUCCCCAACUGUUUGACUUACAAGACAUCGGAGGAUUUCGUUGCCAGAGUGAAAGAAGCAUUGGCUAACCAGCCUCUGCCUCUUACCUCUGAGCAGAGAUACAACCUCUCCUGGGAGGCUGCAACUCAGAGAUUCAUGGAUUAUUCUGAGCUAGACAGAGUCUUGAAUAACACUGAGGAGAGAGCAGAAUCAAGCAGAGCUAGUAGAAAGAUGACCAAAUCAAUAUCAAUGCCUAGUUUGUCAGAGGUGGUUGAUGGGGGUCUGGCUUUUGCCCAUUACUCUCUCACUGGAAAUGAGAUUUUGAGGUUGGCCACUGGGGCAAUACCUGGUACACGAGAUUAUGGGAAGCAGCACUGUAAGGACCUUCAUUUGUUGCCACCACAUGUAGAAAAUCCUAUCUAUGGUUGGUAGACUACUUUGACCAAUGUGCAUCAGUUUCUCUUGUGUAUAAUAGUCAUGCUGUAUAUUUAGGCUGUUGUUUUGGUUAGUUUCAGGUCUCUUGGCUAUUCUCUUUAUAAUUGUUUUUCCCGUUAAUCCAAAUUUUGCUUGUAGUUUUCCUUAAUUUUUUGCUCUAUACAAUAAAAAUGUAAAAAUUUUUACCUUGAA